UCCUUGGGGCUCCGCGUCCCGUCCCACCGGCUUUCCCUGCGCCGCCGGCUCUGCGUCCGGGAAGCAUGGCGGCCGCCGCGGCCGUGGUCUGGAGGCGCGGGCUGGCGGGGGCCGCAGCUGUGGCCAGGGGGGCUGGACGACCCUCGGUGCUGCUGCAGCGGGUGAGGCGGGAGAGCGCCGCGGCCGACGCGCGCCGUGAGUAUGCGCGCCGCGCGCGGCCGACCGCCCGCAGGGCCUCCUGCGUCCGGUGUUUGUCCUUGUCCGGAAUGCCCUUCCCCGGGUCUGGCCUUGGGGAGCUAGCCCGCAGGCUGAAUCGAGCCCUCUCUGCCCUAGAUCUCCAUUCCGUUUGGGCCCUACAAGCCUCCUUUUCCCUCUUGCAGUUACGCUAUGAUGAUGAGGUAAAGCGGGUGGUGGCCGAGCCAGUGGAGUUGGCUCAAGAGUUCCGAAAAUUUGACCUGAACAGCCCCUGGGAAGCCUUCCCUGCCUAUCGUCAGCCCCCUGAGAGUCUCAAGCUUGAAGCUGGAGUCAAGAAACCUGAAGCCAAGUAGCUCCAGGGAAGACAUGUGGAUCUUAAAGAGUACACCUUAUCUAUGAGUGUCCUUGUAAAUAAAUUCCUAUGUAAAACUC